UUGUCAACGCUGAUUUAGUCAACCAUUUCUCCCGACACAGAGCACGAAGAAAAAAAGAAACAGAGACGUCGAAGAACUGUCCAGCGAUGAAGCUAAUGAUUAUAUUCUCUCCGCUUCUUCUUCUUCUUCUUCUCUUCUCGUCGUCGUUUCUCUUCUUGGCCGUAGAAUCAAAGUGCAUGGGAAGCUGCGGUUUAGCUCUAGCAUCUUACUACGUAGAGAACGAACUAUCUCUCUCUAUCAUCAACCAAUACCUCAGUUCUUCAGUAGCGCCUUACGAUCAAAUCAACUACGAACCAAUCCUCAGGUACAACCGUAACAUACAGAACAACAACAAAAACAAAGAUUUGAUCAUCCCUAUAGGUUCAAGGGUCCUUGUACCUUUCCCUUGCGAAUGUCAACCUGGCGGUUUCCUUGGACACAACUUCACCUACCGUUUCCAACAGAUUGAUACUUACGAAAGAGUUGCCAUUAGGAGAUACGCGAACCUCACUACGGAAGGUUCCUUGCAAGGGAGGAAUCCUUUUCCGACUAAUAACAUCCCUCCCACUGCGAUGCUUAAUGUGCUUGUGAAUUGUUCUUGUGGCGAUGAGAGUGUUUCUAAGGAUUAUGGUUUGUUUGUUACGUAUCCUCUUCGUCCUGAAGAUAGUCUCGAUAGGAUUGUUAACUCUUCUGGUGUACCGGGGGAUGUUAUAAGUAGGUAUAACCCUGGCGUUGAUUUCAGCUCCGGGAAUGGGAUCGUCUUUGUCCCUGGGAGAGAUCCAAGUGGUGUAUUUCCACAUUUCAAAUCAAGUAAACAAGGUGGUAUUGGUGUUGGAGUUAUCGCUGGUAUAAGUGUAGGAGUGGUUGUGGCUCUCUUGUUAAUCUCGUUUUUCAUAUAUUAUGCUUACCGCCGGAAGAGCAAGUCCACGGUUUUUACAACUAGUCUCCAAAGUGGCGACUUGGCUGGUACCGGAACCAGAGUGUUUUCAGGCAUUGCUGCCAUAAAUGUAGAUAACUCUGUUGAGUUUUCGAUGGAGGAGCUCGCAGAGGCUACUGAUAAUUUCAGUCUGUCUUUUAAGAUUGGGCAAGGUGGUUUUGGAGCUGUUUACUAUGCAGAGCUUAGAGGAGAAAAAGCUGCGAUCAAAAAGAUGGACAUGGAGGCAUCGAAGCAGUUCUUGGUGGAACUAAAAGUCUUAACACAUGUACAUCAUGUCAACCUGGUUCGCCUGAUUGGAUAUUGUGUUGAGGGGUCUCUGUUCUUGGUCUAUGAAUAUGUUGAGAAUGGCAACCUUGGACAACAUUUACAUGGCUCAGGAAGAGAACCGCUACCGUGGACUAAGAGAGUGCAGAUUGCGCUAGACUCAGCUAGAGGUUUAGAGUACAUCCACGAGCACACGGUUCCAGUCUAUGUUCACAGGGACAUUAAAUCUGCCAAUAUUUUGAUAGACCGGAACUUCCGGGCAAAGGUUGCUGAUUUCGGGUUAACAAAACUGAUAGAAGUUGGAGGCACAGCAACUCGUGGUGCAAUGGGUACAUUUGGUUACAUGGCACCAGAGACAAUCUAUGCACAAGUGUCUCCAAAAGUGGAUGUAUAUGCAUUUGGAGUUGUCCUAUUUGAAUUAAUUUCUGCCAAAGCCGCCGUUGUCAAAAUGAAUGAAUCCGUUGGUGAAUUUAAAAGCCUCGUUGGUUUGUUCGAUGAAGUAGUAUUCAAUAAGGAGACUGACAAAGAAGAAGCACUACGCAAGAUUAUAGACCCGAGGCUCGGAGAUAACUACCCGUUUGAUUCAGUAUAUAAGAUGGCGGAACUAGGGAAAGCUUGUACGCAACAGAAUGCGCAACGACGUCCGAGUAUGAGAUACAUUGUGGUUGCUUUAUCCACUCUUUUAUCGUCAACUGGAAAUUGGGAUGUCGCAAACUUCCAAAACGACGACCUCGUCGGUCUGAUGUCCGGCCGGUAGAGUUUCCGGUUUGCUGCUGUCUGUACAAACCGAUACUUCAGCUUCAAGUAUUUAUAUUUGUCUCUAUACGAAACUUUGCACGUCACACGUUGACUUUUUAAUACAAAUUUCUGUAUAUUUGUCAAUUUUUUCA